AUGCAGGUGCAGGAGAGGGAUCCUGCAGUCAUCAAUUCGGGCAUCAAGCAGUCAGUGAGGCACUUCCACAUGCUGGGUGUGAUCGCUCCCUUUGCAGCUGCCUCUAGCGGCGCCAACACCUUCCUGCUGCUCACCAAGGCCAUGGCCAAGUUCCUGAAGAUCUACUUGCUGCUUCUGUUCCUGCGCGUGCUGCUGUCUUGGUUCCCUGCCUUCAACUGGGAGAGGCAGCCCUGGCUCGCCCUGCGGCAGAUGACGGACCCUUACCUGAACCUGUACAGAGGCCUGGUUCCGCCGCUGCUUGGAACAAUUGACUUCACGCCUCUGCUGGGGUUCUUCAUUCUGCAGUACCUGUCCGGUGUGCUGGAGUCUGGGGCAUCUGAGGAUGAGUUGGAUGAGUGGUGGUGA